CGGUGGAGCGUCUGUUGCAAACUAGGUCACCAGUGUAACUGUGUCUGUAGGUGCAACGCCUCCCAACAACGGGACUCGCUGAAGGCAGAUUAACUCGUUGUGUUGUCAUAAUGUGCAUGGCAGUGAUUCUGUAUGUGUGCAUGACUAAUACACCGUACAUUGAUCGGACUUUGGCGUGUCGGGACACGUGAUCGGUCAGAUUGUGUUCCACUUCGUGUACAGAUAUGUCUCUCGGCCGUGACGGCGAUCAUGAGGAACCGGUGUCGAUUAAUUAAAAUCCAACUCCACCGCGCCAUGGAAAUACUGUAUGUGGGUCGCAAGUCUUUCGGCUUGAGCUGUCCCAUUGUGCAACGUGACCGACUAUUGUGAAAGGCGUUAAUCGUGUGAUAUGUCUGAUAACAGUGAAUCUUGGGUGAAAUUGUAGGUCGGGAGUUGUUGGCAACGACCUUUAAUAAGAUGCUGCAGCUUCAGCUUCAGCUUCAUCACAUGUGAGUUUCAAAACAGGAAACACGAUACAACUACGUGACAGAGUGAAGCGAGCGUGACAGGUGUCUGCACCACAUACGCCACUAGCUCCCGUCCAGCGUUCAUAGCAUAAGCGUACCAAAUGGCCUUCAAAUAUCGACCUGAUCAAAUCGACUGCGGUUGGGCGUGGGUAAUUGUGGCGGCUUCUUUUUUUGCCCACUUCAUCUGCUUUGGCAUUUCAUGGACUACGGGGAUAUAUCACGUGAUCUUCUUGGAGGAGUUCAAGGCGUCCCAAGCCGUCACAGCCUGGGCAUGUUCGCUCAUGCCUGCUUCCAUGUUUGCGGCAGGUCCUGUUGCCAGUUUACUCCUUAACAAACUAGGAUGUCGUGUUACCAUGGUUAUAGGAGGUCUGACGUCAUCAAGCGGACUCAUACUGAGUUACUUUGCCCCAAACAUCAUUGUCCUGUAUGUAACGUUCGGAGUCAUUGCUGGUUUCGGAUUCGGCGUCGCCCACCUCGCCGCCAUCUCCUCCGUCACCUACUACUUUGAACGACGUCGGAACAUGGCAACAGGGAUGGCUGUCAUGGGCGUUGGCGUUGGCACGAUAGCGUUCCCCCCUUUCAUCCGCAUCCUCGUCGAGGAUUUCACAUGGAAGGGUUCCAUGCUGAUACUCGCAGGCUUGUGUCUCAACCUCUGCGUCUGCGCAGGUCUCAUUCGACCAAUCAAAAGACCGGAACUGCGUUCGGUGUCCCGAAAUGUAAUGGACACAAGCAUCUUCCGGAAACCAUGUUACUGGAUGGCUUGUCUGAACAGCUUUAUGGUGUGUGUGGGGUUGUCUAUAACGUACAUCCACAUAGCAGCGUAUGCAGAGAACUGUGGUCUUGGCAAAGAGAAGAGCACUCUGUUGAUAUCUGGGAUAGGCUUCGCGAACGUCUUUGGUCGGCUAGCCAUGGGACUUCUUGCUCAACAUCCUAAAAUGAACCUUAUACUAUUGUACCUGGUAUCCUUCAUAAUAGCCGGUGUUGCUGUGACAUUGACUCCUAUUGCCAGAACCUGGGACGGACUCAUAGCGAUAGCUGCCGUGUUCGGAUGUUUUACGGCAGGGAUUGGAACCCUGUUCGCGCCUAUUCUAGCUCGGAUCUUAGGACUCCGGCGGUUCGCUACUGGAUAUGGGUGUCUGGCUCUAAUCAACGGAUUUGGACAGAUGAUUGGAGGUCCUUUAGCCGGCCUCCUACAUGACAUGACCGGAAACUACCUCGCUUCCUUUCUCACCGGAGGUAUCAGCCUCGUUCUCAGUUCUGUCUUCAUGAUUGUCCCCUUGAGAUACAAAGACGUUGCACUAAACACCGGCGUGUCCAUUCGGGUCAAGUGUGGACCGAGCAGUGCAGCGUCACCACUCACUGCCCCCGUUGUCACUGACAUCGACGACGACGACAACAUUGGGAAGGAAAGUGAAGAAAAUACAUCAACUGUGUGACCUUAUUUUUCUCAAGGUUGAUCACGUGCUCAUUUGGUUGAGGGGAGGUUGUCUUUUUGGUUUUACGCCACUUUAAACAAUAUUAUUAUUAUAAUAUUUCAUUAUAUCGCAGCUUGAUUUCUGUGACAGAAAAGCCUGAAGACAAAGACGUUAAUACUGUGAUGAAGCUGGUUCUGACAAACCUAUGGCCAUAAUAGCAUCGAUUUUGGAUUCGAACCCGCGACCAGUGUCCGAACCACGGGGAAUUAUGGAUUUGUGAUUUUGAUCUGCGGCUAUGACUUUGUGUCAGCAAUUACCUUCUGUGCCAGGCAAAAGCCGCACAGGUCAUAACAUGCUGCUCUGGUAGUAAUGGGCCUCUUCAGAUGAGAGGAUGCGUUGCUCACUUUAAUGGCAAUGGUUCGGAUGUGUCGAAUUAUUGCAACAAUGCCAGGACGUGCAAGUUGUGCCAGGACGUGAUUGCAGUCCGAUUACACUUCAAGGUGCCAAGACUAUCUUUAUUUAUACAUCCUUUUCAUGUCUUAAAUAUUUGUAUGUACAGUGACACCCCGUUGUAAUAAUUAAAAAAUAACAUUAAUACUAAUAAUGAUAAAAAUAAUUGCUCUGUCCAUGUGCAUUUAGUUUUACACUUGUUCUCGUUUCACCUACUGAAUGUGAUAUACUUUCCCUGAGUGAGUGAAUUAGAUUUUACGCCGCUUUAUGCAGUAUUCAAGCCAUACCAUGGGGUGGUCGGGUAGCCUAGUGGUUAAAGCGUUCGCCCGUCACGCCGAAGACCCGGGUUCGAUUCCCGACAUGGGUACAAUAUGUGGAGCCCAUGUCUGGUGUCCCACGUCGUGACAUUGCUGGAAUAUUGCUAAAAGCGGCGUAAAGCCACACUCACUAACUCGCAUCAUGACUAUGUGGUAAACGAAAGCCAGGGUCCACUUGCUCAAAGCGAUCUUAGCGCUACGCCUAUAUGAAGUCAAUGUCAGAGUAUUAGAGUUACGGUCAUCGCAGCGCUAAAAUCGCUUUGUGCAAGUAGCCCCGGAUCUUCGGUCCGAGGAGAGUGAACGCUUUAACCUCUCGGCUACCCAGUUCCCCCUUCUGCUAUAGAGUGGGCGAGAAUAGUUGAGCGUUAGGGUAUUAGGGAACUAACCUGUAACAGGCAACGUCUCCAUCAACAAUUCAUGUAUGGUCAUAAAGAACACUUGGUCAAACAAUAUUUGUCAAUUUUAAAUGUAAUAU